CAGCGCCAUCUAUGGUAGACGAUCGCAGUUACGAAGUCGAUCGACGAAAGUCGACGCCUUCGGAUGUUUUUGUAAUUUAAGUUUUUUUGGCCCAAAGGAUCUUUUACCCGGAAAAAUAGCAUUUUGUAUACAAACGUAAACAUGUCUUUACCUCUUUCUAAAGUGCUGGCACCGAAAAGAGGCAACAGUUUAGACGUAGAAAGGGAAAAUUUCGAGAAAACCCAAACCACUAGUAUAUCGAAAGCCAUCAACAAUCAUGAGUCACCGGUGAAAGAAAAACAUGUCCGAAAUGCAAUAUUGGGAACAUUCCGUGAAAAGGGUGCAGGUACAUUCUGGAGUGUUGUCAUGAAAUUACCAUUACAAGGAAAUCCAAUAGUCUGUUGGAAGUUUUGUCAUGUUCUUCAUAAAUUACUUCGUGAAGGUCAUCAGCACGUAAGUAAAAAUUUUAAUUAAUCAUUUAGGACAUGUAAAUUAAUUUUUCUUUUUUUUUUUACUUCCUUCCUACUAUGAUUUAUUUUCUGUUACUUAUCGAGAAACUAUUAUCAGAUCGUCUGCCGUCGUGUCAAUAAUAGAAUUAUUUAACGAUAACAAUUAUUCGAGAGAUAGUACGUGUUUAAAUCCUACUGCUAUAUGCAAAUAUUUAUCAAGUGAUAUUAUUAUAUUAAUUAUAUUUAUAGAAAUGUUAAUGAUAUAAAGCUCUAGAAAUCUUAAAUUUUUCAUUUUUGUGUGUAUUUAUAUUUGAUUAAUUAAUUAAUUAAUAUUGCUUUACCUAAGUGCGCAAACUUUACUGCAUUAUAAUUUAAAUUCAAAAUUAUUUAAGUUAGAACUGAUUUAUUAUAAACAAUGUAUUUUUGCAGACAUAACUAAAUCAGGAAAUGUAACUUGCAUCUGUUCCUAGAAUUCCUGUUGUAAACAUUAAUUAUUAGAUAUAAUAUUUUACUUUUACAAGCUGUCAAAUGCUUAUUCGGAUAUAUAGAUUGCAUUAGAUAGUAAAUUUUAUAAAUAUCAGCUAGCAAUAAUAAUUAAAGGUUGUGAUAACAAAAUUAGGCAAAUUUUAUUAAUAAAUAAAUCAAAAACAACUGUUUAUCGUGUCAAUUGAACGAUUUUCCUGCCUUAUUUCAGAUUCAUAGAAUAUUUCGAGUACAUUCACUUCAUUGAAUUAUACGUGAACAUUGUAUUAAUAUUCUAAUUAAAUAAAAAUUUUGUUUUGUUAGAGCAAAAUUAUGUAAUUUUCAAUUGUAUUUGGGUCUAUAGAUCCAUCUGGUGAUAAUUCUAGCUAUAUUUUGAGUGUAAGCGGACCCUUGAAAGGGAGCAUAGCAUCCCUGUAGAGAGUUGUACCAGAGAUUGACACGAUAUAAUCAAACUUAAAUUCAAGGGAAGAAAGAGGGAAGUAAAAACUAAAUGCCGAACAUAUCCUAAACAAAAUGCAUACUAAAAUCCACUAAGAAAUGAAGUAUUUGUGAAAAUAUAAUUCACUUUUUUAUAGUAAAUAUCACAGUCACUUUACCAGUACGUUAUAAAUGGCUUGUUAAAACAUUCAACUUUCCAAACGUACCUUUAGAUUUCAGUUGUCCGUUCAACAUUGCAAGUUACACUUACAAACUGUAUGAAUACCACACUACAUAACAGAAAAAUAUUACAUAUGUGCAUGUAGUAAUAACCAAGUUUAUAUAAAGGUGGUGUAAGUGUAUUGGAGCCACAGUAAGACUCUAGAAAAGCAUGGAUCUAUAGUCUAGAACCAUUUCGCUCUAAUGAAGUCAUGAGUGUUGAAAGGAGCAGUUAUGCUUGUUACUAAUUUCAUAAAUAUAUUCAUAGGAAAUACCAUUUGUUUGAAAUGCUUAUUUAAUCGAUAACUUCCUUAAAAAUAUCUAAAAGAAAUUUUUUUAAACUGUAUUUUUUAAGUUAUAAAUUAUACGAAGAUAAAUUUUACUUGUUAAAUUUAUUGCCAAGUGCUCCACCCAAUUACGUUUUAUGUUCUAAUGCAAUUUGAAAUCUUUGCAAAUAUAAAUUUUAAGUUGAUAAAUUUAGAAUCCUAAUAAAUUAUGGUAUAAAUAUAGGCGUCAGCCUACCAUUCUAGAAAACCCAGGAUUGAAUCUGGGCCUAGAGCUCCAGAAAUUUGUCUUGUAUACGUUCGGCCCCGUCCUCAUUUUCUGUCUGUUCCAUCAUAGGCACAUAUGGACCUAUAAAAGGCCCUCUUAGUGCACAUGGAUGGAAAAAAAGUCAGAAGUAAUAAUAAAUAUAUGAAUUUUGAGUCUUAAACUUUUUAAUUUUAGUUAAA